AUGGGGCAGGAGAAUCCUUUGCUAAGAACCCAUCAACAGUCAAUUCUGGCUGCCUCGGUGGUGAAAGCUAACCAUGAUGCCCGGAUCCGGGUCCCUUCAGCCUCAUCGGAAAAGGGAACAGCCGCCGGACUUCUGGGACUCCUCUCUGGGGUGCCUCUGGUCCACCAAGGUGCUUCUGGGAGUGGAGAUGAGGUGCUGAUCCAAGGCCGACCUAGGGCUCGGAGCGCAGGGAAUGCCAGAAAGAAAGAUGCAUCCAACAAAGGCAAGAAGGGACAUGAGCCUUCUGAGGCCGAAGACCUCAUCCCACCACCUCCUCGGAAGCCCUCCUUCCCGUUCCAGUGGGCCUGGGAGAGCUUCUUGGUGGAUGGCCGGAGCCUGCCCCUGCCCUCUCCCAACUCUUCCCAGCAGACCCUGCUGCCCAGGAGGGCCCAGGCCUCGGCCCUGCCACCCACCAAGGCCCGCCGGAAGUCCCGGUGGAAGGCUGUGCCCCCAUCUGCCCAGCCGGCCAACUUCCCACUGUAUUGGAAAGUGGAGGCCCGAUGUCAGGACAUAAAAAAGCAGCUGAAAACGUGGGUCCCGCCUGAGCCAGGCAGCCAAGAGAGCCGGGAUUGUCAGGAUGGCCAGGAGCAAGCAGGGCAAGCAGACCCAGAUGGGGGGGAGGAGGAGGGGUCUGCGGGCAGGAGGGAUCAAGGCCUCUGGCCCUCCUUUCUGUCUGCUGAGAAAAGGAGCAGAGACGAGGACAGAGGGCAGCUUAGGAAGUGGAAGGCCCUUCACCUGGCUGGCUUUACCCUCCUCAGAGGAUUCCAGAGGAAGCCGGCAAAGGCGAAGGAUCCGGAGAAACUCUUGGACAUGGAGAUUCUGCAGAAACAUCUACAGGAAGAUGCCAAGGAACUGGGGCUCUACUCCUCCCAGUGGCCCACCCAGGACACCAGCCAUCCUCAAGGUGAGAAGCUCCAGGCCUGGGGGGACGUUAAGCCCUUCCUGCUGACCAGUGGUACCACCAGAACCUUCCAAAAGCGACGUGAAGCCACCAGGACCUUGAUGCUAGACUGGGAGCGGCACAAGCAGGAGGAACAAGUCAGGGCAGAGCAGCGCCGAGCUCAGGAGCAGCGGGUCCAGAAGCAGGUGGCUCGGUGCCUGGCAGCUUAUGGACCGUCCAGGUCCAAGGGUUCUGGGGCAUCCCAUCGAAAGCUUGACGAGCUCAGGCGGCAGGAGAAGCAGCGUUUGGCAGAGUACCAGGCUGAACUUGCGGGCAUCCGUCACAGGGUGCAGAGCCGCCCCUUCCUCUUCCAGCAGGCCAUGCAAGCCAAUGCCCGGCUCUCAGUGAACAGACGCUUCUCCCAGGUGCUGUCGGCCCUGGGUCUGGACGAGGAGCAGGUAUUGGCUGAAGCGUUGAAGGAUGAGAUAGAGGAAAUCCCCUCAAAGCACAGGUCCUCGAAGACCAGGAGGUUGGCCAGGAUCCGGGAGGAGCAGCCUUUGUGGGGCACUGAGUGA